UGAGAAUCGUCAAUGGCGGAUGUGAAGAAAUGGAGAGUGACCUACACGAGGCACAUCAAGCAGAAGCGCAAGGUUUAUCAAGACGGAUUCUUGGAGCUUCACAAAACAACCAACAAGCUUUUGCUGUACGACGAAGGCGAGAAGCUUUUGGAAUGCAGGAUUUUGAAGAAAGACGAAGUAGUUAGCUGUGGCGAAACUCUCACAUUCAAUGCUUUCCUUGUCGACGUCAAUGGCGCCGAGGGAGAUCACGAGGAGCCUCCAAAUUCUUCAAAUUUACGUAGAAGAGAAAGUCGAACCGCCGAGAAAAGCAAAUCGCGGCGGCCUCCUCUGAGUCCAUCGCAUAUGAUUAUAAAAGAUUUUAAGAAGAGAGAACUACGCAAGUAUGAAGCAAUACAAAGCAAAUCUCCGGAU